UUUAGUCUCUCUUCAACUGCGUUCGCUUGAAGAUGUUUCUUUUAACAUUAAUUCUCGCUGUAAUUCCGCUAUAUUUGCUGUACAUUCACCUCAAAUGGGCAGCAGAAGAUCGCAAAAUUGGCGUUCCAGGGCCGCCAUGUCUUCCGGUAAUCGGAAAUUUUCAUAUUUUAUGGAAACAUAUCCGAACCAAAACCGUUCACGAGCGAACUGUGCAAUUGAUGGAUGAGUACGGAGAGACGAUGAGAAUGCGCGUUGGACCAAAACUCGUAAUUCUCACGAGAGAUGUUAAAGUGAUCGAGCAAAUUGUGAAUAAUCCGAAAUUUGGCAAAUCGCAAGAUUAUCAAAUGUAUAAACCAUGGCUCGGAAAUGGAUUGUUGUUGUCUUCCGGCGAAAAAUGGCACAAAAUGAGGAAAUUACUGACGCCAGCGUUCCAUUUUCAAAUUCUUGAGCGAUUUAUUCCGAUCUAUGAGGAGCAAGGCACCAUUUUUCUGUCAAAAUUACGAAGUUUGGAUGACAAAAAAGUGAUUGACGUUGUUCCAUGGUACCAUUCCUUCGCCCUAGAUGUCAUUUCGGAAACGUCUAUGGGGUACAAGCCACAUGCCCAAACUGAUACUGAAUCAAAAUUCGUCAAAGCGAAUAAAGAUCUCUUGAAUACGAUCGUGAUGCGAUUCUUCUUUCCAAUUUAUCGCAUCGAAUUUUUGUGGAAAAUGUCAAAAUACUACAAAAUCGUUGAGGAACAAAUAAAUUUCAUACAUGGAUUUGUCGAUAACAUCAUCAAUGAACGACGUGAAAAACUUUUAGCUGAAAAAUAUGAGCCUGAAAAUUCCCGACCUGCGUUACUGGACAUCUUACUGAAGGCAUCGAUCGAUGAAAAACCUCUAAGUAACGAAGAAAUUCGAUCUGAAGUGAAUAAUUUUAUGUUGGCAGGUCACGAAACCACUGGCACGACACUCGGUUUUUUGACAUUCGUUCUUGCCAAGCAUCAAGACGUUCAAAAACUUGUCUACGAAGAAAUUGUUUCGCAUGAUUUGCAAAAUCCUGAGAGAAAAUUGACGAUACGUGAUAUCAAUUCUUUGUCAUACUUUGAGACAGUAAUGAAAGAAACGCUAAGGAUGUUCCCCAUACUUGGAGGCGCUCAUAAGUCUGCGACCGAAGACAUCCGAAUCAACAAUAUUUUUAUUCCGGCUUACACUUCAAUCAGUACGAGCAUUCGAGCAGGUCAUUUGUACGAAAAAAACUUCAAAGACGCCUUAAAGUUCGAUCCUAGUCGAUGGAAUGACGAGGUGUCAACGAAAGAACGAAGUCCCUAUGCUUAUCAACCAUUUUCCUCUGGAUUGCGGAACUGCAUUGGACAAAAAUUUGCCUUGCUUGAGAUGAAAACUCUUAUGAUACAAAUUUUACGGGAAUUUAUUAUCGAAUUAGGACGAGAUGAUUUUGAGAUGGAUAUCAAACACGGUAGCUUGCUGUACUCCGAAAAUGGCGUUCAAGUGAAAUUCCGGAAACGAUGAAGUUUGUGAGAAAUAUUUCCUCAACUUUCUUUGACGUCUUGAAAAAUUAUCACCGCUCACGAAAACUCUCUUGAACGUCUUACGUGCGCCUUUCAAGUUGCAUGAACUUUGCUCUUUUUAUGUCAUCAUCAAAAAACGAAUAAAAACCAAGUGUCAGGAUGUGUUUGUGAAUAAAUUGAAACCACAAAAAGGCGGCGAAGGUGUAGAUAUUAAUUGACGCACAGUACGCUACUCGAGAUUUUUUUUUUGUUCUAUUAAUAAAUAAUUCAUAAGAGAAAUUCCAGAGGAACAACAAAAAAAAAUCCAUAAAAUAUUCAUAAAAAAAACCAUGAAAAAAAGGUGAACCAUGCUCGGUUGUGACGUUUAAAAAAAUAUAAACCAAAAAAAAAUACGAUA